AUGUAUGGCAGCAGAGGAGCUGCUAGACCGGAUCUCACCGCUGUCCGAGAACUGGACUCGUCUUCCGCCAACCAGAUCAUGGACCGUGUUCAGAGUCAAGCGUCGUUGAGUGAGGCCAAGAUGCAUGUUGAUGAUCUGCUAGAGCGUGGAGCACUAGCAAAAUCAGAAAAGUUGAUUGAGAUUUACAAUGAGGUUCAACGACUGCAGGAAUUCGGGGAAAAAGCCCAGCGCCGUGAGGAUGUCAUGGAAAACAAUGGCUUUGUAUCCCAUCUCCUUUCUCUGGUUCACCAGGUCGCAUCUGUACUUGAACUCGAUUGA